AUGGUCGAGGUGUUGGAUUACGCUUUGGGUACGGACCACAUCCAUCCGUCUCUCGGCCUUAAGCUUGUGCAAGGCUUUCCGAAUCUCCACACGAUCCGACUCAGCGUCAACUUCAGCAACUUGCAGUACCUCCAGCACGUGGACCGAGUCAUCUUCAAGGACCGCCCGAUGUGGACCAUUAGAGACGACCCGACCAGCAAGGUCACAUGCACGCCAGAUUGUACCCGGCCGCACGUUCGCAAGAUCGUCGUAAAUGUCAACCUCCCCGACUUGCGCGAUACAGUCAUGGGCGGCGGCCCUCUGCCCUUCGACAGCAGCACGGGGCUCGAAGAAGUCGUGCUCAUCUUCCACGCAUGGAUGAUCAUUCCCGACGUGCUGCGAGACACAGGGGACGACCAGCCACAGGAUCUCCGGUUCACGGUACGCGCGAUCGCCGCGGCGGCCAUGGUCGCCGGUGCGCGCGUCACAGUUGUCAACGCCGAACAACGUGAUCUGGUGUCGGGCGAGAAGACUGGCAACUUCCCCGAUGCCGAGAACGCGGACGAGGAGCUCGAGUAUCUCAUCCGCCAGGACCUCAAGCAUUUCGGCGUCGGCAUGUUCUUCGGCAAACCUGGGCAACUGCGCUUCCUGACGACGGAAGAGUAUGUCGCCCAGAUCGGUCCGCGCGAGUUCGAGAUCGAGAGUGGUGCGAGGGUCGGCGACUACUGA